ACUAUCCUUGCAACCAGUGCUGUCAAGGCCACAGCCUGUGAAGGAAGAUAGGGCCAGUGGACUCGGCGCCAUCCAGGACGGCAUAAAAGCUUUGGUCGGGGCUAUGUAUCAAGCAACACUCUUGGGCAAUUCGUCUACCUGCGCGGAAACUACACAGAAAUGUCGUCAGCCAAUGUCGCAGCAAACGCGUCGUAUGACAUGCUCGUCAAUUAUGUCUUCUAUGCGACUGCUGCUCUUUACUUGUACGAUAGGAUCAUCAGCAUCGGACAAGAGGUUGACUGUAUAUGGCGACGCCGAAAUACCAGGAUCAUUGUACCGGCCCUCUACGUCAUGAUGCAUUCUUGUGCAAUGCUAUACCUCCUCCUGAACCCAUUGCAGGACAUUCCAAACUGUCAGCUACUUGGCUUUUUCAAUACUACAGAUGGUCACCAUCUGUCUCAUGUAUGCAGUAUUCGGAGCGAUUGCAAGUCUCCGUGUAUAUACAAUCAACGGGAGAAGCUGGAAAUUGCCAAUCGUAGUGAUGUUACUUGGACUUACGCCCGUGGCUACCAACAUAUAUUGCGCUGCUCGCUGGAGAAUGACCGUUUUCCCGCCUUUCAACGGCUGUACCCUCGCGGUCGCUUGGUCUGUCGCUACCGGACGCUGCGGAAAUCCUUACGCGAUCGAGCAUCGUUGUAGCCGACGCUCUAGUGUUUCUGGCGACAUGGCGCUCUGCUCGUGGAAACAAUGGGUUGCGACAAGAGGAUCAUUUC